AUGUCGUCUCCUUCUCCCGUCGAUGCCCCCGAGCAUGUCCUAAAGCUGCUGUCCGAGCUUCACCAGAAGUCUCUAGAGCAAGAAGCUAUCAUCUCGAAAAGGGGAAAGAUCUUUUCUUCUGACGUACUCGGAGAUCUCGAAGAUAAAAAGUCAACAAAAAAUCCUCAAAAUGAGUUCGAUCAGCUCAUGCUCGACAAAUUUAUUGCAUUAGACGAAGACAAAUGCCAGUUCGCCUACCAGCUCAUUAAUGCCAUGGGAGCAACCAACAUUGUCGAGGCGGGAACUAGUUUCGGAGUCAGUACUAUAUAUCUUGCUCUUGCUAUCUCAAAAACGAAAGCCGCCACCGGCAAGCCCGGAAUUGUUAUUGCGACAGAAAAAGAGCACCAAAAAGCCGAAGUAGCCCGGGAAUAUUGGGCUCAAUGUGGGGCUGGCGUAGAAAAAGAGAUCGAUCUGAGAGAAGGAGAUCUACUUGAGACCUUGAAAGACAAUCUACCUGAGGUAGACUUGCUUCUACUUGAUAUUUGGUCCGCUCUUGCUCUUCCGACUCUGAAAACUGUCCUCCCACGUCUUCGACGCGGCGCAGUGGUGUUGACAGAUAAUACGAUUUCUGGUGUGAAAGGCUAUGCAGAUUUGCUUGCAUUUCUACGAGAUUCUACAAACGGCUUUCGGAACAUGACCUUGCCCUUUACGAAUGGGUUUGAAAUGAGCGUCUACCAGCCCAGCGACCAAUAA